GAGGAGGAGGUGGGAUUGAGGAGGAGGGAUGUGGAUGGAGGUCUGGCUCUGUCAGAUCUGCACAAACAGUUUUUUUCCUUCAUCUGUGCAGCCUCGGACAAAGACAAAGAUGGAAAAGUCAUUGAGCGUUUUGGCCGCUCUGAUUGUUCUGGGAGGAUUCUCAGACGCGCUGACAGACGAUGCAUCGACAGAGAGAAAUCCAUUAUUCUCCAACCACACGACUACAGCUGAGUCUGAUCGCAGCACAGACCGACCGACUCCAACGACUCCGACUCAAGUCUCCAGCACCACUGUCAGAGACGAACAGCUGCAAACCAAAAACAGCGAAGAAGAAACUAAAGAUGAGACAACAAAACUGGAGUGUCCUCCUCUCGGCAUGGAGUCCCUGCGGGUUGACGACAACCAGAUCCAAGCUUCGUCCUACCAGAGAAGGGGUCUGGGUCCUCACAGGGGGAGGCUGAAUAUCCAGUCGGGCAUCGAGGACGGGGACCUGUACGACGGAGCCUGGUGUGCUGACUAUAAGGACCAGCAUCAGUGGCUCCAGGUGGACGCCAUCCACCUCACCCUGUUCACCGGAGUCAUCCUGCAGGGACGAAACUCCAUCUGGAGUUGGGACUGGGUCCACACCUACAAAGUCCAGUUGAGUAAUGACUCCGUUAACUGGAAGGUCUGCAUGAAUGGGACAGAAGAAGCAAUCUUUGAAGGAAACCAGAAUCCAGAGACUCCGGUGCUCGCACUCCUUCCUGUUCCCACCGUCGCCCGUUACAUCCGCAUCAACCCUCAGACCUGGUACUUCAACGGCACCAUCUGCCUCAGGGCUGAGAUACUUGGCUGCCGCGUCGACGAUCCAGCUGACAUCUACUCCUCAGAGCGAGAACCCGGAUCCAAAGACGCUCUGGAUUUCAGACACCACAACUACAAAGACAUGAGAAAGCUCAUGAAGUCUGUAACCGACGAGUGCCCGGACAUCACCCACGUCUACACCAUCGGGAAGAGCUACCUGGGCCUCAAACUGUACGUCAUGGUGAUCUCAGAUAACCCCACCAAACAUGAGCUAGGUGAGCCGGAGUUUCGCUAUGUGGCGGGGAUGCACGGGAACGAGGCCCUGGGCCGAGAACUCGUCCUCAACCUCAUGCAGUACUUAUGUAAAGAAUACAAGAAGGGGAACCAACGCGUCGUUCGGCUGGUGACCGAGACAAGAAUCCACCUCCUGCCCUCCAUGAACCCUGACGGAUACGAAGAAGCUUAUAAGAAGGGCUCAGAACUGGCGGGCUGGGCUGACGGACGAUACAGCUACGAAGGAAUCGACCUGAAUCACAACUUUCCAGAUCUGAACAACAUCAUGUGGGACGCCCAAGAGACGGCAACAGAUAAAUCCAAAGUCACCAACCACUACAUCCCCAUCCCAGAGUACUACACCAAAGAAGACGCCAUGGUUGCACCGGAGACUCGUGCCGUCAUCAGCUGGAUGCAGGACAUCCCCUUCGUGCUCAGCGCGAACCUCCACGGGGGAGAACUGGUGGUCACGUAUCCCUUCGACUGUACCCGUGACUGGGCCCCUCAGGAGGACACGCCCACGGCGGACAACGCUUUCUUCCGCUGGCUGGCCACCGUCUACGCCUCGACCAACCUGGUGAUGGCCAACCCGGACCGCCGCAUCUGCCACUACGAGGACUUCGAGGCCCACCACAACAUCAUCAACGGCGGAGCCUGGCACACGGUUCCCGGCAGUAUGAAUGACUUCAGUUACAUGCACACCAACUGCUUCGAGGUGACGGUGGAGCUGUCCUGCGAUAAGUUCCCUCAUGCCAGCGAGCUUCCCGUCGAGUGGGAGAACAACAAGGAGUCUCUGCUGGUUUACAUGGAGCAGGUUCACAGAGGCAUCAAAGGUGUGGUGAGAGACAAGGAGACCAAACGAGGAAUAGCAGACGCCAUAAUCAAGGUGGAGGACCACGACCACGACAUACGAUCAGCUGCUGACGGUGACUACUGGCGUCUGAUGAAUCCGGGUGAGUACAAGGUGGUGGUUUGGGCCGAGGGUUACUUCCCGUCCAUGCGUCGAUGCCGCGUUGGAUUGGAGCCACAUGCCACCAUCUGUGACUUCACCCUGACCAAAACGCCCAUUCAGAGGCUGAAGGAGAUUCGGGCCAAAGGCGGGAAGAUCCCACAGGACCUUCAGCUGCGUCUUCGCGCUCUGAGGCUCCGCAAGCUUCGCGCCAGCACCAAGGCCAUCAACCGCCGCAGGGAGGGCCAGAGGGGCCAGCAGGAGCAGACGAGGAGAGCCCGGAGAGCGUGAGAACAGACGGGAAGCCUCAGAGAUGAGAGCUGGAUGACGGGCUGAAGAAGUUCAGUUCAAACUGAGAAAACCGACCUCCGGAAAUAGUGACACGUUCCUAUGAGAGGACGCUUUUAAAGACACAAUUAGAAACAUGUAUCGCAUAUCUGUCGCUGAGAUUUCCACUUCCACCAACGUGGCAAUCACAGCUUUAAAAUAUUAAAUUUAAACAUUCAACAGCGACGUGUUCCAUGACCGCCGCACAAACUCUCACUGAAGCUGACAGGAUACAAACUUUUCGAAGGAUAAUGGACACCUACACGUUCAUAGACAGGCAUUCUUUAACUGUUUUAGUCCACAUUAUAGCCGGUGACGCUGUAGUGUUUGCUGUAAGACGACUGAGUUGAGAAUUUAACUGUCAGCUGGUCUGAUAUGUGACACUGUUUUUGUUCGACUGUCCAACAGGAUCAUAAAAAUAUCUAAUAAAGAUGACUUAUUUGUGU